CCCUUUCCGACUCAAUCCAGUUUCCCACGCUCUGCGACCCGAAAAAUCAAUAACAGAACAACCGAACCCCAUCAUGUCUACCGCCGCACGCCGUCGUCUGAUGCGAGACUUCAAGCGCAUGCAAACCGAUCCCCCAGCCGGUGUCUCCGCCUCGCCCAUCGCCGACAACGUUAUGACCUGGAAUGCAGUCAUCAUUGGACCGACAGACACACCUUUUGAAGACGGGACAUUCCGGCUAGUGAUGCACUUCGAAGAGGCGUACCCCAACAAGCCGCCAGGUGUCAAGUUCAUUAGCCAGAUGUUUCAUCCAAACGUUUACGGCACGGGCGAGCUCUGCCUAGACAUCUUGCAGAACCGUUGGAGUCCGACUUACGAUGUGGCUGCUAUCCUCACCAGCAUCCAAAGUCUUCUCAACGACCCGAACACGUCCUCCCCCGCGAACGUCGAAGCAUCGAACCUGUACAAGGACAACCGUCGAGAAUACACUAAGAGGGUGCGUGAAACGGUGGAGAAGAGCUGGGAGGACUGA